UGUCCUAACAGCAGCCCCAGGGGUUGUUUCCUGCUGCUCAGGAAACAGAGACACUAACACCUGAGCAAGACCAAGCUCAUGAACCCUUUUCCCCACAGCUUUUCUUUGAGCUUUCCCUCUAGCACACUGCAGGACCAGAGCUAACAGCUCACACAGCCCCAGCCCAUCCUGCACCCCAGCAAGCUGGGGUGCCCCUGGCCCUCCACCAGCCAGACACCUCUGCAGCCAGAGCUAGUACCUGUAUAAGGUCUGCAGGGCAGGCUCCCUUCCAAGGUCAUCUUCCCCCCCCUUACCAGUUCUGCUCAGCCUUAGUCACUUGGAGAGAUCUAGUAUAGCUACUAGCAGCAAGACAAGAAAUACAAACUGCUGCUAAGACUAUCCUGAAGAGUUUAAGCAAAACCCCACACUACUAUCUACAGAACUACCCAGUUAUACCUGGCUGUGCUUCUGGCUUAAAUACUAUAAAAAUCAGGUGCACUGAAUUCAGGCAACCCCACCCAGCUGGGCAAGAGGCAAUUUAAAGCCCACCCAGCCAAGGCAGUCUCUUAGAGCCCUCUUUCAGUGAUGGUGUGCUUUUAGUUCCCAAUAGUUAUGAGUUGACUGUACUUCUGCUCAGUGCAAGCAGGCAAAACUACAAAAGCAGAACAUGACCUUUAUGGGAAUGUAAAGCUGAUUAUUGAUCCCAAAUGUUGAUCUUGGUAUGGGGGAUUUCCCAAAGUGGAGCUAUUCACAGCUGUGUUAGAUGCAGCUGAUGCCAAGGGAAAAAAUCCAAGUCAGAGGGGAACAAAAGGCCCUUACGUUACAGAAGUCAGCCUUUAAUGGUUUUCUUUUACUCUGGCAGGACAACUUUUGCUAUAAAAGAGAGUCCAGAAACCAAAUUACAAGCUUCUAGCUAUGCUGCAGUAAUAAUGUUUCUUUCUUAUAUCACACACUCCUUUGACAGAGCAGAUCUCUCUGCAGAUAAAGGAAACUUAGGUCUGUAUUUCACAGGAUCUUGCUGGAUGUGAAGCUGUGACAGCAGGGAAUAUUUUGGGGCUGAGUGCUGCUUUUCUAACUCAGGACUAGUAUAAAGUAUCUUUCUGGUUUUCAAUAGCUCUUUACAGUCUUGUGUUUUUUAUUGCAAAGGAAAAUUUGUCCAUAGAAACCGAAAAGGAAGCUGUUAUUUUUUGAAACAGAGCUUAUAACCUGCCUCUUCUCCUUUGCUUGUACAAUUGCCUGUGAUGCUUUUCAUCUUUAUUGUGGUUUCCACACGUGAGAUCCAGAGAGGGGCUUUCAAAACCACCCUGCCCCGAGCAGCAUGGAAAGGGUCAGACAGAUCCCAGGUCUCAGCCAUGCCUGAGUGCACCCGCGAGCAGGGGAACCCCCUGUUCCCGGCCAGGGGCCAAGAGGAAGAGCUGGGUUCCCAAUUCUGCCUCUUUCUCAAGCGUCGGCAGGCUGAUGUCCCCACGAGUGUUGCAGGCUCCCCUGGAGAGGGCAGCCGAGCAUUGCUGAAUGCGGGCGCACGGCUGAGCUCCAGCAGCUGCUGGGAAACUCCUGAGCCACAAAUCAUGGCAGAGGGGAAACAUGCGAAGUGAAGAUUUGGAGAGCAGGAGAUGUUAACAGCUAUUCAAAACCAUCACGAAUCCACUGAAUGGGGAGACCUGGGAUCCAAGCAGGAGGGAAGGUUGAGUUCCUGCUUGGGAGAAGACAGGAUGAUGGUGCUGGGAUGGGGCUGCAGGAGGAGGUUGCAGGAUGUCAGAGCAGGGCCAGCGGCGGGGCAGGUUACAUCCAGGGGCUAAGGAGCACGGCCUUUCCUUUGCAGCCAGCGCAGCAUGUGUUCCCCACUACAGGUUGUGUGGUCUUUACCCAGCCAUAAUGUGGCUAAUUCCUUUGGGAUUUGAGGCAAACUUGCCUCUACCCACCAACACAAAGCCAUGAGUAACAGGCAGUAUUCUCCCUGGUGCUCUGGUGUCACCCGGCAGCCGUCCCUGCUUUCCAGCAGCAACAGCACAACCUGCAAAUAACCAGCUGCAGGCUGCUGCUGCCCAGCUGAGAAGAAGUGGUUAGCUGCAAGGAAGGAUAGGUGAGAGCAGGUAGAGCAGAGACCUCAGCCUCUGCAGCCCUGGGUCCAUCAUGACCACAGGUGUAUGAUUGUGUAACUUAAGACCUUAAGCCAUGUCCUUUCCCUUCCACUUGCAAAGAGAACAUCACCUUACUCUUCUGGCAUUAGCAGAGCACAUUUCUGUGCUCAAGAUACAGAGCAGUGUCUUGCCCAAUUUCAGGGGCACUGAGAGGUGGGGUUCUUGCUGUUAAUGGUGCUGGCAAGCACGCAGACAGCAGGUUUCUAGGCUUGCCCUGAGACCUGCACACAGCUAGGUAUAUCCAGAUUUUCCAUGUCUGCCUUCUAGCUCUUUUCCUUUCCCUCCUCUUCCACUUCCCCAGAGAAAUCGGGAAAAGACUCUCAAUGUCUCUUGCCUCAAACACUGCAGGUACAUGGAGGAAUCAGAGGGACUGAGCAAAUUAUUUUAGUGAGUCUGAGAGUUAGGGUAGUUGUGAGAUGCGGCACUAGCAGCCAGAAGCAGAACAGAAGACCCAGAGGGGAAGUGGGGAAGGAAAGAAAACCUGACACACAUUCACCGAAAGAAUGCGAAAGAGAUCAAGAAACCAGAGGAAGGAUUUGCGCUGAUGGAUUUCCAGCCCAGGGGAAUAAACCAGAAUGGUAUGAGACACCCAGAUGAAACCAGAAGUGAUGUGAAAGGAGAGGGAAGCAGGCGCUGUCCACAGCUGCACAAACUGCCCUGAGAGCUGGAGGGAUGGGAAGCCCCCGAGCAUCUCCAGCCCACAACGCGAGCGAGAGGAGAGCAUCUGAAGAAGUGCAGAAGGAAGCAGAAAGGCUCUUUGCAAGUUCCUAGCUACAGUUAAUUACAAUGGAUAUAUGUAAGAUAUAUGAAAACUCCUCCAAAUGCAGUGUGAACGGUAUGGAGUGCUUCAUGGUCCUCAGCACGCAAGCACAGAAGAUAAGCAUUGCCACACUCUGUGGCCUCUUUGGGACACUUUGCAUUUUUGAGAACUCUUUGGUGCUGUACUUGAUCUUCUCUUCCCCUAGGACCAGGAGGAAGCCUUCCUACCUCUUUAUCAGCAGCCUGGCCUUGGCUGACAUCCUGGCCAGCAUCAUCUUCGUCUGCAGUUUUAUUAACUUCCAUGUCUUUAAUCAAACCAAUUUCUCUAAAGAAACGUUCCUGCUGCAGCUGGGAGGGGUGAACACAUCCUUCUCUGCCUCCCUGAGCAGCUUGCUGCUGACGGCACUGGAUCGUUACAUCUCCAUCAGUCGGCCCUCCGAAUACAAGCUCCUCAUGACAAGGAAGAGAGCGUGCAUAGCCCUGGGGGUGCUCUGGGUGACAUGUGCGACCAUUGCUUCCCUGCCCCUCCUGGGCUGGAACUGCUGCACACUUGAUUCGACCUGCUCCGAACUGUUCCCGUUUGUGGAUGGCAAAUAUCUGUCGAGCUGGAUCUGCUUCAUCAUGGUCCUGCUGGGGUGUAUCGUCUAUGCCUACACGCACGUGCUAUGGAGGGCUCACCAGCACGUGGCCUACAUGGAGAAGCACCAAGCACAGGUGGGAAAGCAAAACACCAGGAUGAGGAUGGAUGUCAUGCUGGCCAAGACCCUCGUCAUGGUGCUGACUGUCCUCGUGCUAUGCUGGUCUCCAGUCCUCAUUCUUAUGAUCUACAGCAUCUUUGCCAGGAUGAGCAUUCACCUGCGCAAGGUGUUUGCCUUCUGCAGCACCCUCUGCCUGCUCAAUUCCAUGGUGAACCCCAUUAUUUAUGCCCUGCGGAGCAAGGAGCUAUAUACCUCUCUGAUGAUGCUCUUUUCUCGGUUCAGGAGGCAGCUGAAGGCCUCUGAGGAAAGCCCAGAAGCAGAGAGCACGAACAAGUCCUCCGUGAUAGGGACCGUCUGCGAGGAUGUGCACGUGAUGUAGGGAGGCAACUGUGGAAAGUCUGCACUCGGGCUGACAGAAACAGCCUGGAUUACUUUUCUUUUUCUUUUUUUAUGGAGGUCCUGGGAGAUGAGGGAUCAGAUGCCUGUCAUGGAGCCAGCUCCUGCUGAUGUUAUUCUUAGAUGCUGGGACAUAAAGUGCACAGACUUACACAGGCAUCUGGUCCCCAAGCUGCAGAGAUGCCAGUGCCAAACCAGUGUGCCAUCCAUGAGGCAGCGGAUAACACCAUGCCCCAGAACAGCAGAUCCUCAUAUUUUAUGACAACUACUCCUUCCUGGCCUCCCACCUGUCCAUCAGUCACCUCCUGACCCAUUUUUCUUAUAUUCAGUGCUGUCUCCCUUACACUCCCUUAAAAUAUAGCUAACUUCAAAUAGAACACUCCAUAGACCUUCAAUUUCUGUAGAAAUCACCAGGCAUCACAUAACUCUCUCUAAACCCCUUAAUUGGGCAUGGGCAGAGUUGUACAAGCACCAUCAGCAAAGUACUAAUAGCACAUCGAUACAUAGCAGAGGUACAUCUGUUUAUACCAGACUUGAAUGCCAUCCUGGGGUGUUAUGUAUUAGCAGCACAGUGAGAAAAGGUCUUCAGGUCCUGAAAAAAGGUGGCAAAGAACAGCAAGUUGUGACAAGCUCCUGCUGAUGGUAGAUGCCUUGCUGUAUUGCAUGGGAGCAGGACCAGCAGUAGCUGGAGGUACCUCGGCCCUUUCUGGGAGAGAUGCAGAUGGUUUAUCUGGACUUACUUGCAGACGGUCCCGGCUAACUGUGUCUCACAGCAUUUAGGAUUGUGUUGAUUCUAGCAUCUAAUUCUUUAUGGAAAACUGAAAGGCUCUCACUGUGGUUUAUGGACUUGGCCAUAGUUGAGGAUUUCGAGGCGAACAGGACCUGGCAGGCAGCACAUUUCUUGCAGCAAAUUUAAGGAGGGAUAACCUGUGCCAUGCAGGUGUUUGUUGGAUGUUAUGUGAUUAAACAUUAAAGCCAUUUUUCAGC